AUGUUACUUUUCAUUUUGCUUGCCUUCUGGGCAACGGGCUCGUAUGGUGAAGCUAUUGGUAUUCACCCUUUGAGAAGCUCGUCCACUCCUCUCAUCAAAGGCUCAACCAUCGCUACAAGGUCUAGUAGUGCUGUGCCGUCAACCAUUACCACGGGGCCUGUCACAGAGAACCCAGUCCCCAUUAACACAUGCUCGUACUACAAUGAAACCGAGUCGCGGACAUUAUGGAACGAUCCCUGGUGCAGCAUGUACGCUGGAAUGGUUGACUUGGUCUACUGGCCUACUGACAACAAUUCAUACCCAUCAACUUUCUACGACGAUAAACAUGAUUACACAUAUUCGUCGCCGUCGGUUUACAUGGUAGUAAGCACAUUAUAUGGCUGGAAUGAUUGUGGCUUGUUGGGGCCUUCGACCAGCAGAGAGGUCUUUGCCUUUGACCUGACUGAGGUGUCCACACUUGUUCCAUACACUGCCUUGACAGAAACGGCGCGACGAGCGACCAGACAGCUCUACCUCAGCGAUUUGGGCGUAAAGUGCUCGACUGACUUCAAUACGACGGCACUAGCGACUCAAACACACCCAAUGAAAGCCGAUGAUACCCGCUGCAACCCCUUCCUCGUGGUUCCUGCCGCUGUCAAGCGAUAUGGAUACCCAUACUGGUUGCACUGCGGCGUCGCGAACAACAAGUUUGGUCUGUUUGACCCUCCAUAUGCCAUACCUCCAACCGAUGAGUUGAUACCCACGACAACAACUGCUACUACCGACUCGGAAACUGAGAACACCACAGCUGCCACCUCUGCUUCCACCAAGGCAACGGCUCCCACUAAUCCAGAGGCCACUGAGUCUGCUACUACGGCAGCCGAGGCUACUACCACAGCUGACCCAGUCAACACCAGCUUCAGUGAUGUCGCCUCCAGUGAUGCCAGCCCCAAUGAUUCCAACCCUCAGACAACGGACUCUGCUACUGCCAAUCCAGAGAGCACAAGUACCAAUGAUCCCAGCAACUCAGCCAGUGGAGAUGCUGUCAUUAUUAAUCCAGGAAAUACUGAUACUGCUGCAACCAACCCCGGUGAUUCCCAAACGUCCACAGGCGCUGAGGGCCAAUUCGACCCGACCGAUUACACGGGUGGUGUUUUGUCUACAACCUCUACACAAGUCGUCAGUCUGGGAACAGGCGGUCUUGAAGUCAUCAACCCCGACACCGGAGUAACAAUAACCUCUGCCUAUGGAAACACAGUGCCUGCUACAACAGCCGUCUACAACGGACAAACAUUGACUCUUGGAGGCUCGGCUGCGACGGUUACCAAUGUUGUGGUCGUGAUAUCUCCUGGUCUAGCGGGCCCAACUGGCGUUACCGACGUUGCCAACACCGCAGGCUCGGGAGCCAAUAGCGAUGGCGCUGUGUCGACAACAUCUACACAGGUAGUUAGUCUCGGAGCAGGGGGGCUUGUGAUAGUGAAUCCCGACACCGGAGUAACAAUAACCUCUGCCUACAGUAACACGGUGCCUACUACCGCUGUCUACAGUGGACAAACUUUAUCUCUCGGGGGCCCAGCUGUGACGGUUACCAAUAUCGUUGGUGUAUCUCCUGAUUACGCGAGCCAAACCGGUGCUUCCAACGUUGCAGACACUGUAUCGACAACUACACAAGUAGUUAGUCUCGGAGCAGGAGGGCUUGUGAUCGUGAAUCCCGACACCGGAGUAACCAUAACCUCUGCCUACGACAACGGGGUACCUACUACCGCUGUCUACAAUGGGCAAACUUUGUCUCUUGGGGGCCCUGCUGUGACAGUUACCAAUGUCGCCAGCGUAUUUUAUGACGCCGCAAGCCAAACCGGUGCUGCCAAUGCUUCAGCCUCGGGUGCCAGUACCGACAGCGCUGCAUCGACAACUACUGAACAGGUAGUCAGCCUCGGUGCAGGCGGUCUUGUGAUCGUCAACCUCGACACUGGAAUCACAAUCACAUCUGUUUACGGUACUACGGUACCUACUAUAGCUGUCUAUGACGGACAAACUUUAGUUCUCGGAGGCCCGGCUGUGACAAUUAUCAAUGCUGCCGACAAACCUUCUAGUCCCGCGAAUGUCAGCACAUCCAGCACCAUCACUGCUACCGCCACCACCGCUUCAAACUCAAAUCAUACCAAUGUCAGCAGUGUAUCUUCUAGUCACGCGGACACAACUAGCGCUACCCAUACUACAAGCUCGGGCAACACGUCUAUUGCAACUUCUACUACAGCACCGGUCUCCGCAGCGAACAAGAUUUCCGGAGGCUUUGUUGGGCUGCUACUCACCCUGAUGGCUUCCAUCUGGGUGUAG